CUGAUACGUUGCCCGCUAAGCGGACUGCAACAUUCCCACACCUGCCGUUUCACCUUGAAUUGACGAAUCGCACUUGCUUGGCCACGCAUGUUCAGGUGAUGGGAUUUCUGCCACCCACAUGUCUCUAGCUAAUGCUCAGUAAGGUAAGGAAGAUAUCGUUGACACCAGGCCGGCAAGAUACUUUUUCGUCCUCGCCGUCAUUGCUGCAGUCCAUUGACUUCCGGUCGCUUGUUUUUUUUGUGCUCUACUACCAGAACCUCGCUCGGCGUAUCAACGACCUUCACCGUCACUCGGUUUGGCCUCACCACACUGGCCAUAUCGUCCUCACGCCCUCGCCUGGGAUCCCCGGUCAACCCGCCUCUCCCGCCCGCGAGAAAAAGCUCCGUCGCAUGUGCAUGUGUCCACAGUCAUUACAUACCUCCACGAGCAGCAUUCCGGCGCAUUUGACCAGGUCAAUUGCCAUCACACCUAAGAUCUUAAUGGUUGAUACAUAGAGACACACAUCCGACCACAAUGCCCUUUUUCAGAGACCUCCGCAGGCGCUCAAGGGCGAGCUUCCGGACCUCCGACUCUUCAACGGAUUCCAAUGGUACAGUUCCAACUGCGAAGUCGUCGUCGACGCUCAAUUCUGCCGGAGGAAGCACGACACCGCCGUCUACAUACCAUGCCAAUGGCUCUACAUCCAAUGUGCUGCCCGCCGCAAAGACGAACGGAGACACUCCUCCAAUCCCUCAGCGACCUAACGUCAUGGUGCCCCCAUCGAACCGCAACAGCAUGAUAACUCUAUCGCCGUCGGUCUCGAAUGGGGCAAUGCGCGUCCCUCCACCUACUUCUGCCUACGCUCCAAGAAUCACUUCGAUAAUGGAUAACUCGGUGGUUUAUCAAAAGGUGCUUUUGGUGAGCGGUGAGAUUGGAGAUCCGAACAUGAAAGCCCUGGAUGGCAACUUGACGGUCCAUCACGAUAAGGACGGACAGGCUUUCCCACCCACAAAUUGGCCAGUAUCAGAUUCCUAUUUUAAAGCUCUGGUGUAUCUGUCUCCCGGGUGGAAUAAGAUACGAUUCGAUUUCACCUCCCCCAAACUCAGCUCCAUCAGCAGCGCUUCCGCGCCGACAGCACAUGCCUCGUAUAUAAUGUUGAAUUACCUACCCCUAACCAGCGCACCACCUCUCCAUUUGGUCAUCCUUGCAGGCAAGGAUUCACCCUGCACAUACGACGCAGUUCCACACCGGGCACAAAAUGAGGGCAAUGAUCUGUCUAUGGCUAUCAGAAAAUUUCGAAUGGCUGCGCAUUUGUGGCAGGCAUUCACGGCGGAACAAAUGUACAGAUACAAAUUUGGACGAAGAUGCUUCAGAUUCGAUGAAGAGUGGCAAACAGGGACACUGUCGAUGCGUGAUUGGGCAACAGGCCAGAUGAAGAAUGAAACUAGGGUGCAUGUGGUCCGGUCGGACAAGACUACUGCAGAGCUGCGAGAUCUACAAUAUGCACAACAGCAUUCUCCAGCAGCCCAAAAAGGAGAACUAUAUUCAAUCGCCGCAGAAGCUGUCAAGAAGUACUUCAAUAUUCGGCCCGGGCAAAAGCAAUAUGUGGCAUGCCUCCUACUUGAUUCUCACUGGGAUCCCGAGGCAAACACCAUCCGCGGGCAUGCCGCGUUAGGUGGAACCAGCGACGAGCUCGGGCUGGCAAUUUUUGGAUCUCACGCCCUCCAGAGCUACCCAUCGUGCAUUGAGGAGGUCGUCCCAGCAUUUAUGGAUUGCACAAAAACCGACACUCAAUUUGUGGCAAACGAUUGCAACGAGUCCGGAAGCAGUUGGGAAGCAGCAAACAUCGGCAUCGGUGCUCACUUGCACGAGGUCGGCCAUCUAUUCGGAUGUCCCCAUCAAACCACCGGCGUGAUGCUUAGGGACUAUGUGCGCCUCAAUCGGACUUUUGUCAGCCGCGAAGCAUAUUCGACAAGGACCAAAUCACCCGGGCUAAAGGUCUGUCGCCAGGAAGACGAAUGUGGCUGGCAUAGGCUAGAUGUUCUCCGGUUCCGCUAUCAUCCAUGCUUUCGGAUACCAGGUGAUGAACCUACUGCACAAGACGAUAGUAUCCAAUACUAUCCCAUUGGCAAUGGUAAGAUCAUCUGUUCAGCAGCCACCGGAAUUGCCUUUGUGGAGCUCUGGCUCGAGGGCGAUGACUUGUGCCGGUACUGGAUCGAUUUCACGAACACCGAUUCUCGCAGCAGUCUCGCUAGGCAAGUGAUACUGACAGAGAGCGACCUUCGCAGUCGCCUUCCAGAAGAUAAGAAGAAGACCAAAUUGGCUCUUGAAAUCUUUUGUGGCGGUUCGAGGAAAGAGAGGAUUGACGACAUUGACAUUCUUUUGUCCAAAAACAACGUUAUCAAUCUCCCGCAUGUCCGACUAGCACCAAAACGAGACGAAGGAUUGACCAUGAACGCCUAUAAUGGUGUGAAGGGUCUGAGCAAAUCGUUUGAUUCCAGACCAGGUUUCAAGAGCAAAAGGCUCGGUCAUUCGCAAUUGGAAGGAUCCAAACCAGAGGAAAUAAUCUUGGAAAGCACAUGCCUCCAAACGAAGCUUUUGACCUCAGUCAAAGUAUAUUCCGGAUAUGCUCUUGAUGGAAUUGAAUUCUGUUACGAAGAUGGCCACAGUCAGCUGUUCGGGAAAAGAGGUGGUAAGCCAGGGGGUGAUGAGUUCUUCCUUGGUAAGUCAACCACCAAGAACAAAGGGGCCCAAAAUCUAAUCUUGACAGACACACGACGGGGUGAGACAGUACUCGGAUUUUAUGUUCGUGCUGGGCUUUGGAUUGAUGGUAUCGAGAUUUUGACCAGCACUGGACGGAGGUCGGGGGUCUUUGGCAAUGCCAAUGGUGGUUCAGGACACACUUUAAUGGCUCCCCGAGGUUACAUGCUUGCUGGCAUUUCAGGUACAUGUGGACCAUGGAUAGACGGGUUUCAAAUCAUCAUCACUCGGUGAUACUCUCUGAGAUACGAUAGCCGUUAACAUCAUCAUCUUCAUCAUCUUCAUCAUCGACAACGACAACAAUCGAAUAAUGCCACCUCAUCUGCAGAACGGCAAUAUCGCUACGAUGGGGGGUGAACUCUACAGGUGGGAGGCAUUCUCCAAGCAGGCGCAGCAUCACAAAAUGGGUCAUGGUUAUGUUCUCUCGGUUGAUCAUUUUAGGAGGCCGGUUUUCUACCUACGAACAUGACUAGGCAUACGACAAGUGGGAAGGUUGAAUGGGCAUAGGACCCCUACCAGGGUGAAUUUAAUCGUUGGGAGGGUUGAAGGCAACGCAAUUGGGGAUUAGAUGUCUUAAUAGACGGCAACGGGCUUGGUGAUAUCGAAAUGAUAGGCCUGUUGAUAUAAUUUUGAGCAUGAGGAUACACGCAGAAAUAUGCACUGCACGCAAUACUGGAAUUUGAAGCACGUCAGCUUGUGGCUAAAGGGCUGACGGGUGGUGGAAGAAGGAGGUUUAACAACUUAUGAUAGGUAUGAGUGAAACAAUACUGAUAAUGAAAGGAAUAAUGAUAUGGUUGAGUGAC